UAGUAGUUUAGUAUAGUAAUAAAUAUUUAAUAAAUAUUAAAUAAUACAAGGCCUUAACUUAGGACUUUGAACCAAGGUUAAUGGCAGAAAUAAAGAGGCUUCAUCUGCAACGUAUUGGUUCCCCCACACGCGGCAAACCAUCUUCUUAAUUGCUUUGAGUAUCUCGAAAUUCUCUUUCCUUUUUCUUCUUCCUCCUCCUCUAUAUAUUUACUACUCUUCCUCACAUCAAACACACACUCCCUCCCUUUCAUCUCUCAACUUUGUUUCAGUUCUUCCCCCUUUUUUUGUGCUCUCCUCAGAAUGUCAUCGGCGGCGGCGGCGAGAACCACCGGAAGAGGCGGUGAUGACGACAAGUUCUACCCUCCUCCGCUCACCUCUCAUGAGGACAUCGUCAAUGAUGCUAAGCUCUUCUUGGACACUCUCAGGAAAUUUCACUUUGUCAUGGGUUCCAAGUACAUGAUGGAUUUUCACACCCUUUACGUGGAGGUUACCAGGAUGAGCGGUGAUGAGAAGGUGGUUGCUGAGAAGAAAUGGAGGGAGGUGGGUAGUGUGUUCAAUUUCUCUCUUACCACCACAAGUGUUUCUUAUGUGCUCAAGAAGCACUAUUGGAAUCUCCUCUACGAUUUCGAACAAGUUCACUUCUUUAAGGUUCGGGGUCCUAUUACUUCUCCUGCAGAUGCACUUUAUGGUAGCAACUCCUCGGGGAAACCUGAUUUCGCUCUUGUGAAGUAUGCACCUAAGCAUGCAAACAAUGACCCUGAAUCCAAUGUUGAAGUUCCUCCUCCAUCAUCGAUUCUGCAGGAUGUCGGAGCCAUUGUAUCGUUCAAUCUCAAAGCUCGCCAUUCUGGCCGGAGAAGGAGGAACAUGAGAAGGUGGGACCGUGAUUACCCCAAGCCUAAUAGGAAUGGCUAUAACUUCUUUUUUGCUGAAAAGCACACCAAGCUGAAAGAACUCUACCCAAGUAGAGAAAGGGAGUUUACCAAAAUGAUUGGCCAGCCAAGGAACAAUCUUAGCUCUGAUGAAAAAAUGGUUUACCAGAACAUUGGGGGUGAUAGACAAGGAAAGGUAUCAGAGAGAAUUGGCCGAGUACAAGGAGAAAAUGAAGCUUUGGCAACCAGAAGAGGAUGUAGGCGAUGAAGAACCAAACCAAUUAUUUAUUUCAAUUUGGGAAGUUCAUGUUCUUCAAAUGUCAAAGCAUUUGCUUGGCAUUUGAUUUCGGGUCGAAUUCCAAGUAAGGGUAACCUAAGUAAGUGGCAUGUGAUUCAGAACCCUGAAUGCAUUUUGCCCCUUCUGCAACUGGGUGUAGGAAACAAGUUUGCACCUGCUGUUUUUGUGUCCAGUUCCCUGGACAAGGCAAAAACAAUGCACAAAGAAAAGGAGAGUUAACAAUUUGGUUUGCUUGCACUUGAAUGCUGUGGCCAGCACACAAUGAGGUUGUUUUUUAGAACGACAAGGUGGACCAGGUACAAAUUUUGGAGCUGAUUCAAUUGCGUUCAAGGAAUUGGGCUAGAGUAAAAUUGGGUGGCUUUUAUAAUACACUCUUUGAAUGGAAGUCCAAUCCGGUUGUAUGUUUUGCAUUCUCUGUAACUGAUUUAUUUUUUAUUUUUUAUGCAGAGCUUGGGGGUCCAAUUAUGUUUAGAAUGAAUGCUUGGAAUUUCUGUGGGUGGGUCCUGAAUUUUGGUGGUCUGGAGCAACCCAUCAAUCGCUUGGCUCUUUACUGCAUAAAUUGGAUGGGCUGCUACCAUGAUGCUGAAAUUGUAAAGGGAAAAUGAGCUGUUUACUUAACUUGGUCAAUGGUUUGAUAAAUUAUCAUGAUAUUUGGAGAUUUGCAUUAAGUGUGUUACACUAUGCGCUAGGAACCAGGUUUGUUCAUAACCCAAACGCACUAUGUAAUACAACAUUACUUGGCGUAUUAGAGUUUUUUUAUUUUCUUUUCAAAGGAUCAUAAUCCAUUCAAAACCCAAAGGUUGCCGAACGACACUUAUAACAUGCGAGUAUAAAUCUCAACGAGUGAUAUCGCAAUGCAACACAUAAGAAAUUACAGGAACAAGCAUGCACACUCAAAUAACAAAGGUGAACAUCAACUAAAAAAAUGAUGUAAAACCCUAAGCGUCAUGUACGAAAGCCACUAAACCUCCAAAGUAGCAUAGAUGUCUUCAAAUUUAAACAACGCUCCGUUCUAACAACUCUUCGAUUCUGCCGGAGUUGCAAUUGUGCGGCUAUCAAAGAAGUUCAAACGUGGCUUCUGGAGCAUCAAUGAGGACAAACCAACACCUCUGAAAUUAAGGAGAAGUAGGGAAGCUUUUGCAGGAGCAGAAACAAGGCAGAAAAGGUUGAAGCAACUGAGACAGUGAUGAAACAACAGACCAAAGGAGAGGGAGGUGGACAUGAGACAUGAAGCGAUGAAAAGUGGUGAGAUUGCAAACCGUGCAGGCUUGUUCAAAUUGGGCCUUUUAUUUAGAUAGCCUUGUUAAAUUGUUGUAAUCUUGGGCUUUGCUCUCCUCUUUAGACUUGUCCCAAGUAUUAAUGAAUUCUUUAACACAA